CAGUGAGCGGCAGGCGGUGAGUGGAAUGGAACUCGUCGCCGUCCUCGUCCAAUCCAAACCGCAGCAGAGCUGAGCACGCUGUAGCCGAGAAACGCACACCACGGCACGAUGCCGCACGCCGCGCUCCUCCGCCCGCUCAUCCCGCCGCCUCUCGUCCCCGCGAGGCCGCUCGCCGCGCGAUGCCGCCACCUUCGCGGCGUCCGCGGGAGGUGCGCCCCCGGCGAGGGCGCGGGCGAAGGCGCCCCCGGCGCGGAGUGGCUGAGCUCGGCGGUCGGGGAGAAGGUGGACGAGCUGCUGCGGCGCGAGGAGAACCGGGCGCUGCUGGACGGGGUCGAGGCCGCUGAGCGCCGCGUGGAGCUCGCCCGCGCCAAGCUCGCGGACAUCGAGCGCCAGGAGGCCGCCGCCCGCCUCGCCACCGAGGAGGUCCGCCGCCUCGAGAGGCGCCGGGACGAGAUUGCAGAGUCACAGCGGGAAUUGCUACAGGCAAGAGAAAUGAUUGAUGAAGCACAGCGUACCUUGACUUCUAGCCUUGAGGAUCGAAGCUUUUGGAAUACGUCAGGUGGAGCAGAUAUCGAUAAAGAUAGUGAGAGGCUUGAAUCUGCAAAAGCUGCAGCAAUUUCCUCUAUAAUCGGUGUUCUGGCUAGUUUGCCCAUAUCUUCCUAUGAAGUCCACAGUUUGCCCCAACUGUUUUUUCGAUCAUCGGUUGUUCUCAUAAGUUGUGCAUUGUUUGGAGUCACAUUCCGGUAUGCCGUUAGAAGAGAUCUGGAUAAUAUCCAGCUUAAAACGGGAGCUGCUGCCGCAUUCGCUGUUGUUAGAGGUCUUGCGUUGUUGGAAUCUGGGAGGCCCUUUGAGUUGAGCACUGAUGCCUUAAAGUCACUUGCUCUUGAUGGUGCAGUUAGUGUUGUUGGGAGCAUUUUUAUAUUUCUGUCUUCUGCUAUUGCACUGGACUAUUGUUUUAAGAUGAGAUUUUUGAGCCCAUUCCCUGCAAGGAAACAAUAGGUUCUGUGAAUAAUCAGGAAUGUCAACACAUAUAUUGGCUACUGCAUUGUAAUAUGUAAUAUUGCUGAUUUCUUAGAUUUAUGAUGGCAAAUAUUUCCCCGUGCAA